AUGACUUCCCGACUCGACCGCCUGGUCACAUUACUUGAAACUGGCAGCACUCAAUUGAUUCGAAAUACCGCUGCUCAACAACUUGCGGAUGUCCAAAAACAACAUCCAGAUGAGCUGUUCAAUCUCCUGGGCCGUAUUCUGCCAUAUCUUCGCUCCAAGUCCUGGGAUACUCGAACUGCGGCCGCCCGGGCUAUUGGGCUGAUCGUCACCAACGCAGAUGUCUAUGAUCCAAAUGAGGAUGAUGGCUUACAGAUCAAGUCUGCAGCUGACAAUGACGACGACGUGGAGAUCAAGUCUGAAGUCAAAGCGGAGGAGCCACCAUCCUCAUCAGAAACGUUUCUUGACCUCGAGACGCUAGAUAUUGCCUCCGUCUUGAAGUAUGGCAAACGGCUACUUGGCAGUGCUGGCAAGGAGCACGAGUACUCUCUCGCGGCCCUGGACCCGGCAGCUCGUCUUCAGCAUCAAAAGAAGUCCCUGUACGGUCGCUUAGGUCUGGAAGGUGAGUACGUGGAAGAUGACAUUGACCUGAGCGACAUUGUCAUGCCUAAGCCAGCCACCCCAGCUCCCAAAAAAGAAGCCCCGACUUCUGCCCUUCCAAUCUCCCGCGAAAACAGUCUGCAGGAUGCGGCUUCCCACCGGCCAUCUUCGCCCAACGAGGCCUCCAAACUAGAGGAGUCGGGCUUGAGCAAGCGGCAGCUGAAUCAACUCAAACGCAAAAAUAAACACAGCGCCAAAUUGGGAGCGAACAAGGUGCGCGUGGUAGAUCUGUCAUCCUCACGCAGGACGUCAGAAAAUGUUACCACUCCGAUCGCGACACCCCACCCCAUCAAAACAGAGAAUGGCGAGGGUCAAAAUGGCGAAGUCAAGCCCGACUACUUCUCAUUGGAUCGCUCUGCUGGCGGUGACGACGACUCUAAAAUUGUCUCAGAGUUCAAAGGGCCUAUUGCCCCGGAGAAGCCCAUUAUCCAGCCUGACCUUGUAGACCAGGGCGCUGGGUGGCCUCUGGAAUGCAUGUGCGAAUUCCUCUCCGUGGACAUUUUUGAUCCUAACUGGGAGGUGCGCCAUGGUGCGGCAAUGGCUCUUCGAGAAGUAGUCAGGGUGCAAGGUGCAGGAGCCGGCCGGAUGGAGGGCAAGACUCGUCAAGAAAACGAUGACUUGAACCGCCGAUGGUUAGAUGACCUUGCGUGUCGUCUGGUGUGCGUUCUCAUCCUAGAUCGGUUCGGCGAUUAUAUUUCAGAUAACGUCGUUGCUCCAAUCCGCGAGACCGUGGGCCAGACACUUGGAGCCCUCCUAUCCCACCUGUCGCCUAGGUCUGUUCGGCUCGUCUACAGGUGUCUAUACCGUAUCAUCAUGCAGAAAGACUUGGAUCUUGAUCGUCCCGUAUGGGAGGUCUGCCAUGGUGGCAUGAUCGGUUUACGAUACCUGGUUGCCAUUCGCAAAGACGUGCUUCUCAAGUACCCAUUGCUGAUGGAUGGCGUUCUCGAAGCCGUCAUGAAAGGCCUGGCUGACUUUGACGACGACGUGCGUGCCGUCAGUGCCGCCACACUUGUGCCAAUCGCGGAAGAAUUUGUCACAUCCCGUGCAGGCACUCUUGGCCUUCUGAUGAACAUCGUCUGGGAAUGCCUAUCCAAUCUACAGGACGAUCUCAGUGCCAGUACAGGGUCUGUCAUGGAUCUACUAGCCAAGCUGUGUACCUUUACCCAGGUAUUGGAUGCGAUGAAGGCGAAUGCAGCAGAUAAUCCGGAGGCUUCCUUUGGCAAUCUGGUCCCCCGUCUGUACCCGUUCCUGCGGCACACCAUCACGAGUGUCCGUUCUGCCGUACUUCGCGCGCUUAUGACGUUCCUGAAGCUCGAGGGAGAAGGGAGCACGGAUUGGGUAGAUGGCAAGGCGCUGCGGCUGAUCUUCCAAAACUUACUCGUGGAGCGCAACGAGGGUGUUCUCAAACUAUCCCUGCAAGUUUGGUCGGAGCUACUGAAAGCGAUCGAACUCCGAGGAUCAUUUGCAGAGGCUACUGAGCUUUCCAGCUCUGUUGAGCCACUGGUCAACCUAACACUCGGACCAUUCGGUGUUCCGCGGUACCCCAUCCCCAUGAACGCCUCUCUAUUCAUCAAACCGUCCGGAGUGGCUUUCUCUAUCGCUGCUCCUCUCCCUGCCAAACCUUCCUCGCCGACCAGCACCACCCCUGGUGGCGCUGAGGCCAAAGCUGGCCGCAGGCGCAAGUCCGAGAAGAAAGAAGCCCCUCCGCCGUCAGCACACAAUGUGGAUGGGCAUAUGCUGUCUGGUGACAUCGAUCUCGUUGGCGCAGACACUAUGCUCAGAUCCAAGAUUUAUGCAGCAAAGGCAUUAGGCGAGCUGCUCUCCUUCUGGGACAAGCAUGAGCUUCCUUCAUUCUGGCCAGCAAUUCUGGAUGGCUUUGGCCUCCCGGCCUCCACUUCUCAACUUGCGUCUGCCAUGGUCGUGGAGGAAUACGCCCGGAUUUCUGGACCCGAGAGCAAGUAUUCCGCGUCUCUGUGUGAGCGACUUCGUCCCAUCAUCGAAGACGAGCGCCCAUCUUGGUACUCUGAUAUUUCAUGCUACCUCCAUGUUGCGCGCGCACAAUGUCAUUCGCUGCUGAAUACCUUCCGAGACCACGCUCACGUUCCACCCUCCCGGUUGCCAACGUUGGCCGUUGUUGUCCAAGGCGAUCCUGAAGCUGGUCCCAAUGCAUUCUCUCUGGCUGAUGCCGACAAGAUCAUUGGUCCGGACUUUGACCGAUUGAAGAAGAACCUCACCCCAGCCCAGCGGAUUACAGCUACCCAGGUCUUGACCGAUACUCGCACUACGGCGCAGUAUGCGGUUGAUGAGGCACGGGCCAUGAGAGAACAACGGGAUAUGCGGGUCUUGGCAGCAGCAGCAGGCGCAUUGGUCGCCCUACGCGACAUUCCCAAGAAACCUGGCCACAUAAUUAAGGGUAUGAUGGACAGCGUCAAGAAGGAGGAGAACGUUGAACUUCAACAACGAUCUGCAACUGCAGUUGCAAGCUUGAUAGAGCACUACACGGCCGCAACCAAGCGUGGACCGGUGGACAAGAUUAUCGGAAACUUGGUCAAGUAUUGCUGCGUGGAUACCUCCGAAACUCCCGAAUUCCCACACAACGCCCAACUUGAGAAGUCUAUCUUGUCACUCCGCAAAGAAGAGGACCGUCGGGAUCACCCCGAUGCUGCCAAGUUUGAGCGAGAGGCUAAGGAGGCUCGCAUUAUGCGGCGGGGUGCCAAGGAUGCUCUCGAGCAAUUGACGAUCAUGUUUGGCGCACAGCUUAUGGAGAAAAUCCCCAACCUGGCAUCCCUUGUUGAGCGGCCAUUGAAGGACGCUUUGGAAGGCGAACUCCCCGAGACUAUCACGAAUCCCGAGAACGAGCUCGGCCAGGAGGUUGUGGAUGGACUGUCCACGCUUCGCGCCCUUCUUCCAAAGUUCGAUCCUGGUCUUUACACUUGGGUUAUUGGUCUGAUGCCGCUCAUUGCCAAGGCUUUACAGUGCCGGUUGUCUGUCGUUCGCUAUGCAGCUGCUAAGUGCUUCGCGACUAUUUGCAGCGUCAUCACUGUUGAUGGUAUGACGAUGCUGGUCGAGAAGGUACUGCCCACCAUCAAUAACGCUCUGGAUGUCCAUCACCGUCAAGGUGCCAUCGAGUGCAUUUACCAUCUGAUUCAUGUCAUGGAGGAUGGUAUUUUGCCAUAUGUGAUUUUCCUUGUUGUGCCUGUUCUCGGUCGCAUGAGUGAUUCUGACAAUGACACUCGUCUGCUGGCUACUACCUCUUUCGCGACACUUGUCAAGCUGGUUCCUUUGGAGGCAGGUAUCCCUGACCCCCCUGGCAUGUCCGAAGAGUUGCUCAAGGGCCGUGACCGAGAAAGAAAGUUCAUGUCUCAGAUGCUGGAUGUGCGCAAGGUAGAGUCGUUCCAGAUUCCCGUCGCCAUCAAAGCUGAGUUGCGAUCUUACCAACAAGACGGUGUCAACUGGCUCGCUUUCCUCAAUCGUUACAACCUUCAUGGCAUUCUCUGCGACGACAUGGGUCUCGGUAAGACUCUCCAGACCAUUUGCAUUGUUGCAAGUGACCACCACAUGCGAGCUGAGGAAUUUGCCAAGAGCCAAGCCCCAGAUGCUCGCAAGCUGCCGAGUUUGAUAGUCUGCCCGCCCUCUCUCUCUGGUCACUGGCAACAGGAAGUGAAGCAGUAUGCACCAUUCCUGAACUGCAUCGCAUAUGUCGGACCCCCAUCGGAGCGUGCCAGACUUCAGCCUAUGCUUUCAGAGGCUGAUGUGGUUGUCACAUCCUAUGACGUCUGCCGUAAUGACAAUGAUCUGCUCAAUGCUAUCAACUGGAACUACUGUGUCCUCGACGAAGGCCAUCUCAUCAAGAAUCCCAAGGCAAAGAUUACUCUUUCUGUGAAGAAGUUGAUGAGCAACCAUCGUUUGAUUCUUUCCGGCACACCUAUUCAGAACAACGUGCUUGAGCUAUGGUCACUGUUCGACUUCUUGAUGCCUGGCUUCCUUGGUACCGAGAAGGUCUUCCUAGACCGAUUUGCCAAGCCCAUCGCGGCGAGUCGCUUCAGCAAAUCCUCGUCCAAAGAACAGGAGGCUGGCGCUCUGGCGAUCGAAGCCCUACACAAGCAGGUGCUGCCAUUCUUGCUUCGUCGUCUCAAGGAAGAGGUUCUGAACGACCUGCCACCCAAGAUCAUUCAGAACUACUACUGCGACCCGAGUGAUCUGCAGAAGAAGCUCUUCGAAGACUUCUCCAAAAAGGAACAGAAGGAACUUCAAGAUAAGGUUGGCAGCACAGAGCGUUCCGAUAAGGAGCACAUCUUCCAGGCUCUGCAGUAUAUGCGCCGUCUGUGCAACUCACCUGCCUUGGUGGUCAAGGAAGGCCACAAGCAGUACAAUGAGGUCCAGUCCUACUUAUCUGCCAAGCGGUCCAACAUCCGAGACGUAUCACACGCACCCAAGCUCUCCGCUUUGCGCGACUUGCUUGUUGACUGCGGUAUUGGUCUCGAUCACUCGGCCGAGGGAGAGUUGGACACCGGUGCAAGCUAUGUCAGCCCGCACCGUGCCCUGGUCUUCUGUCAGAUGAAGGAGAUGCUUGACAUUGUGCAAAACGAUGUUCUCAAGAAAUUGCUUCCGUCUGUCCAAUACCUUCGUCUGGACGGUGGUGUCGAAGCUACCAAGCGCCAGGACAUUGUCAACCGAUUCAAUACCGAUCCAAGUUACGAUGUUCUGCUGUUGACCACCAGCGUCGGUGGUCUGGGUCUCAACCUUACGGGAGCUGACACUGUCAUCUUUGUCGAGCAUGACUGGAACCCGCAGAAGGAUAUCCAGGCCAUGGACCGCGCUCAUCGUAUCGGCCAGAAGAAGGUCGUCAACGUCUACCGUCUGAUCACUAGGGGUACCUUGGAGGAGAAGAUUUUGAACCUACAACGCUUCAAGAUCGACGUCGCCUCCACGGUGGUCAAUCAACAAAAUGCCGGCCUCGGCACUAUGGACACAGACCAACUCCUGGAUCUCUUCAGUCUAGGCGAAACGGCAGAAACAGCCGAAAAACCCGUCGAGCCCGCCGGCAACGAAGUCGAUAUGGUCGACAUCGAUGGCGAAGUCAAGGAGAAGGGCAAGAAGGGCUGGCUCGACGAUCUCGGCGAACUCUGGGAUGACCGACAAUACCAAGAAGAGUACAAUCUGGACUCAUUCCUGGCUACGAUGAAAAAUUGAUCCACCCCUUGACCCUCCGACUCCAUCAGCCUGCAUUCUCGAGUCAUACUCGACCUUGAUGGCGAAGAUACCCAGCACUCGGGUCCUUCCCCAGCCUCUACCACGAUCGUCAUGUCCUACAGUUUUCCCUUUCCGCACUUGCUUUCUUACCCCAAAAUAAUCCUGUGUGCAUCAAUCAGCGAAUAGUUUUUGUUUUUUUCUUUUCAUCACUUCAUUUAGGGAUGGUACUUUGGCUUUACGCACAGAUAUCUGAUGCUUUCUGAUACGUGGACUUUCUUCAAACCCUUCGUGUAUUUCUAUCCUAACCUUUGGACUUUUUCUCUCUCCACGACGAAUGAUAUCUUGCAUGUAAAUAGAUAAGGUGGCCCUCUAUUAGGUUCUCUCGCAGUCUGUCUCCCCAGAUAGAUAUUAAUUGGCCGAUUCAGAAUUCCCACCCACUUUCGUCUUUAUCUCAAUCCGAUUUGCGGUCGUUUGCCCAGUCUUACAGGAGGU